CGAGUGGUGGAGUUGCAAACGGCAGUUACUCUAUGUUGAUGAUAACAAGCAUAUAAGAAAAACCCAAAAACCAGAACUUUCAUUAGGGAGCGUGGAAGAGAGAGAGAGAGAGAGAGAGAGAGAGAGAGAGCGAUGGAGGGACUGAGAAGAGGGGUUGGGUAUGGUUCACCGGCGGUGCGUUUGGGAAUGGUGGUGUUUAUAUUUGCUGUAGUGAUGAUGAUGAUGAUACCUGAAGCUUCGGCAACUCGUUGGACUGUUGGAGGCAACAAGGGUUGGACCUCCAAUGUGAACUACACCAUUUGGGCUCGGGACAUACACUUCUACAAUGGCGACUGGCUUUUUUUCGUGUACGAUAGGAACCAGAUGGAUGUUCUGGAGGUAAACAAGACAAAUUAUGAGUCGUGCAAUGCUGAUCAUCCACUUCACAACUGGACUACAGGAGCUGGAAGGGAUGUGGUUCCACUGAAUGUGACUAGGCACUACUAUUUCAUCAGUGGCAAGGGAUUCUGCUAUGGAGGCAUGAAGUUAGCUGUCCGGGUGGAAAACCUACCUCCCCCUCCCUCAUCUCAACCAAUCAAUGAAAAGAGCAGUGCUCCAAAAUCUACAUAUCAUGGCCGUCUUGUUUUACCAGCUGUUUUAGCCGUUGGUGCUGUGUGGGAUGUCUUUGUUCGGUUCUUGUAGCACCGUGGGUCUACAAGCUUCAGCAUUUUCAUGAGGCCAUUUAUUUCUGUUAAGAUCCGAAUCACCUUAGGAGUUUCUUAGCCAAAUUGUUUUAUGAAAUUGAGUUAUCUUCCGCAUUUUUUUUUUUUUUUUGGGGGAGCUGGUAAUUUAGCUGUGUUGUGUUUUCUUCUUGGUGGUUGACCUGAAAGUGGAGAGUUUUCUGAGUGAGACAGAUGGUGGAGUUUGAAUUUGUGAAAUGUCUUUAAUAUUUAUUUAUUUAAUUAAAUUUUAUUUGUUUUGGGGAA